UACCAUUGCAACCAGUGAAUGGCGUCACAGAGUUUGUGCGUCAGAGAACCGGUCUAAUUUUACUCUUUGGCUCUUUGUAUUUUAUUAUGACCCUGUGGGCUUGUUUCUCUUUCCCGAGGGCUUUAGUAGCCGUGUUUGCCGCAGGACUUACAGUAGUGUACGAAGUUUAAUAGUCAGGUGGUUGAGGUAAAGAAACAUUAUUAUAUUCUUAUAUUUCCCGAGUGAUACAAAGGUUUUUUCACCUAAAAGUUAAAAAAUCGUACGUUUUUCUUACAAGUUAUCGAUCAUUGUAUUGUUGAUUUAAUACCCGACUCUUUGAAUUGUUUAAAUAUUGAGACUGUAUUGUGAUGUUGCACGCAGUGAAGGAUAAGUAACAUUUUCGUACAGAAGUACUUGGUGAAUGAGAAGCAGUGCUGAGGAAACUUGCUAAUAGUAUUUGACGUUGCGGUGAGAUCGAUCAUUACAGUCCUUAAUUUAUACUAAAGAAUGAAUGAGUUAGAUAACCUACGGCAAGAAGCAGAAACAUUGAAGAGUGCUAUUCGAGAUGCAAGAAAAGCAGCAUGUGAUACAAACCUGGUUCAGGUCACAGUCAACAUGGAACCUGUUGGGAGAAUUCAGAUGCGAACUCGGCGCACGCUCCGUGGUCACUUAGCAAAGAUUUAUGCCAUGCACUGGGGCUCAGAGUCACGCUAUCUUGUUUCUGCCUCACAAGACGGUAAGCUAAUUGUGUGGGACGCAUACACAACAAACAAGGUUCAUGCCAUUCCAUUGCGAUCAAGCUGGGUCAUGACCUGUGCUUAUGCUUCUUCAGGCAGCUAUGUUGCUUGUGGUGGGCUGGACAAUAUCUGUUCAAUAUACAGCCUUAAGACCAGAGAGGGCAAUGUACGGGUCAGCAGAGAACUUCCUGGCCAUACUGGAUACCUGUCAUGCUGUCGAUUCCUGGAUGAUAACCAGAUAGUAACAAGUUCUGGAGAUAUGACUUGUGCAUUAUGGGACAUAGAAACAGGCCAACAGUGUACUUUAUUUACUGGACAUACUGGAGAUGUGAUGUCUCUCUCAUUGUCCCCAGACGUGAGGACAUUUGUAUCGGGAGCAUGUGAUGCUUCGUCUAAAUUAUGGGACAUUCGUGAUGGAAUGUGUAAACAAACCUUCCCAGGACAUGAAUCAGACAUCAAUGCCGUUACUUUCUUUCCCAAUGGUUAUGCUUUUGCCACGGGAUCUGAUGAUGCUACAUGCCGAUUGUUUGAUAUUCGUGCAGAUCAGGAGUUAGCCAUGUAUUCUCAUGAUAACAUCAUCUGUGGCAUUACCUCUGUGGCCUUCUCCAAAAGUGGCAGACUUCUUAUGGCAGGUUAUGAUGACUUCAACUGUAAUGUGUGGGAUUCAAUGAAAGCAGAACGUGCAGGUGUCCUAGCUGGACAUGACAACCGGGUAAGCUGUCUGGGUGUAACUGAAGAUGGUAUGGCAAUAGCUACUGGGUCGUGGGACAGUUUUCUGAAGAUAUGGAACUAAAGAUUCUGUCCCACAUUACUAUACCACACUCCAAAAGCAUAAACAGUACUCUUCUAGAUUGCUAACUGCAGCACAAACUCAUUAUAAAAUGGGAUUAACAAGUGUGAAUGAAAAACAAAUUUUUUGUUUGUUUAUUUUUUUUCUAUUUUUUUUUUAGUUUUUAUUAAAUGUGCUGACAGGGAAACCAUUUUACAUGACUGGUAGUCUUGAGUCAGUUUGGUAUCAUUGGUGGACAAAAAUAUCUUUUGUCAUUUAAUUUUUUUCUACAAUGUAGAUUGUACACCAAGAAAAUAAUAUAGCCAAACAAAUUUUUAGUGAUCUUCUAUAAGUUACUUUUGCAGACAUUUUUGUUCUGCUCUAGUCGAUUAAAUAAAUACUACCUGAAGGCGAUGCAAAAUUUUUAAGCACAGCAGGGCAACCACACACAAAGUUCAAACAUGCAUAGUAUUUAUGGUGAUGAGCUAUCAUUCAUUAAGCUGUCUUGUUUGAGCUACUAAAAGUUGAAGAGUAAACUUCAGCGUUGUAUCAUUAUGCUGUCAUGUAAGUUGUCUGUGCCAUAUUCUAAUACUCCCUCUUGCUUGCAUUGAGCCCCUGCAGGUAAGGGAAAUCCAAGGUGCUGCAUUUUGUACUUUGUGCUGAUGACUGAAUGGUUCUCAAAGAGUAUCAAGAUAGAAAUAUUUCUGAAGAGGAAGAAGAUACAUAAACAGAUUGUGACUGCUGUUUUAUGAUUCACCCAUCUUGUAGUCCUCUUUCAAAGUGAUAGUUCCCCAACUUUUCCACAUUCAUUGUAAAUAUUUAUACAAAUGUAAGUUUUUGUAGUUGUUUGUGUGGAUAGAAUAUCCCUAAUAUGAGAAAAAUAUGUUUUGUUGAAUAAUAGUUAUUAGAAACUUUCCAGACAAAUAUAUGGAAAAAAAAACUAGCUAACUUGUGGUAUCUUUUGGGACCAUCAAAUUGUUGAUUAGACAUUACCCAAAUCCGUUUGUACUAGAACUCUGUUAGAUUAACAUUAAUGUAGUUUUUUUUUGUUUUCCUCUUAAUUUGUAUCGUAAUCAUUAUAGUUUAUUAGUUGUAGACUACAGAAAGUCAUGAAUUUUUCAUUAGUAACCAAUGCAAAUAUAAAUGUUAAAAUAUAAGUUAAUAUACUGUUUUGUGUGUAUUAUAUUUCACAGCUAUUUGAAUAAUGAUCUUUAAAUAAUUGAUGAUUAUUAAAAUAGAAAUAUUUAGAAAAUUAAUUAAACAGCUUGUUUUUAUAUUAAUAACUUGAAGGGGUCAUAUUUUAGAGUGAGUAGGCCAGAAUUACUUUUGCAUUCAAUAACCAAUUGCUUGGAACUAUGUCUCUAACACUGAUUAGCAAACUAAGUAGGUAAGGAAAAAAAGUAGUUGUGCCUGAUUAAUACAAGCUGUAGAUGUGUGUAUAAUGUACACUUAAAUACUCUUUGGUGUAUUGAAGACAAACAAGACAUUUGCAAAGAUCCUCUUGCCUUUCAAAUUUAUGUAGAAAUGCUACAUAAUUUUGUUGAGUGUGUGACAUAUUAUGAUCUGAAAUCAAUGCUAGCUCAAACAAGAACCCUGUUUGAACAAGCCACUAUCCAAAGCUGUAAUUAUAUGUUUUAUAAUUGUAGUUUUACUCUUUGUGAGUUUUUGUUGGUUUCUUAGGUUUAUAUGAAUGUCAUUUCAUAAGUUAUAAAAAAAAAAGGAAGGGGAGAGAAAUAGAUUACUUGUAGUUUUAUGAUGUUGUACUACAUCAUUUCUUUUCGUGACUUGUCUCAUAUACAUUGCCAAGUAUGAAAGAGUCAAUUAUUUAGGUUAAUUUCAAAACAUUAACUAUAAGAACUUGUAUGAUCAACAGUAUCAAAUUCUUUUAUUGUUUUUUUGUUACUGUUAAAGAAAAAUUAAUUGUAACAUUUUCAUCACAAGAGAUGUUCAGUUUAUUAUAAUGUAGCUCAUCAAUCAAAGAGUUUAAAAUUCAUUUGAAGAUUAAUGAAAAUGAAAGCAUAGAAUCAGGACAUUUGAAGAAUAAACUUAUUGUUAUUGAAACUGUCUGUACCAGUAUUAAUGGAAGGUAUUGUGAGUUAGUGCAAAAAAAAUCUUUCUUUGAUUGAGACUGUUUUGAUUAAAGCAAUGUGCUUUACUUCCUGAAUACCUUUCAACCCAUACCUUUCCAGGUAGCAUUGUUAUUAGUCUUAAUAAUGUGGCAGUCAGUUUUGUUUGUGGACUUCCUUUAAGUAUGUAAUUGAUCUUGACUAAUAAAGGUAUUUAUCUGGA